GUAUUUCAGAUUUCAUUUACCCCACUUUGCAGACAGGCGCAGCACACAGCUGGACGUGUAUGGAUCUGUAUGUAUUUGCUACACCUUAUAGGAUAACCUGGGACUACUACUUUUCGGCCCACGAUCACACAUUUAAAAUUGAGUCAUGGGAGGAACCUGCUGAAAUGGAAUAUGUCAAGCAACAUGGAAUCUCUGUGUUUCUCAUGCCAUCAGGGAUGCUCGGGACCUUGCUUUCGUUGGUGGAUGUACUACCCCUGUUUUCUAACACAGCAUGGGGCCAGAAUUCUAACCUCGCUUUUCUGAAGAAGCGCAUGGGAGCGACAUUUGAGAAACGCCCACAUCCGCGGACAACAAUUAAUCCAGAUGAUGUUCAUUCUGGUGAUUUCCUAGCUCUGUCAAAGAUUCGUGGACGGUGGGGUGGGUUUGAAACUCUUGAGAAGUGGGUCACUGGUGCCUUUGCUGGUCAUACAGCAGUUUGUUUGAAGGAUGAGUUGGGUAAUCUUUGGGUUGGUGAAUCUGGACAUGAAAAUGAAAAGGUGAGCAAAAGAGAAAAUCUAUGUAUUUUUCCACUAAACUACAUGGACAAACAGUAGUGGAAAAUGUAAAGAACUGGAUUUCCGUGUCUGAUAAAUAAAUUUUCAGUUAAUGUA